AUGGAAAUGCAGGUCAGACAGAGUGUUAAGGAGGAAGAAGAUCAGAGUGCAAUUCACUCAUUUCUUGAAGCACUUCCUAAAGCUGGUUUGACUUUACAUGUGGCUGAUGGACCUUUAGGAGAGUUUAUGAUGAAAUGUUGUCCAGUAACUAAAAUAAUGUCAAAGUAUGCUACUCUGCAAGAAAAUAUUCUUUUUGCUGAUAUUGUUGGAUUCACAGUGUUGGCCUCUCAGUGUACUGCUCAGGAACUAGUUAGAUUGUUGAAUGAGUUGUUUGGAAGGUUUGACCAAUUAGCAAAUGAUAAUAAUUGUCUUCGGAUCAAAAUUCUUGGAGACUGUUAUUAUUGUGUUAGUGGACUUCCAGAAGCUUGUGCGGAUCAUGCUCGUUGUGCUGUGGAGAUGGGUUUGGACAUGAUAGAUGCUAUUGCGUCAGUAGUGGAAACCACAGAUGUACAAUUGAACAUGAGAGUAGGUAUUCAUACUGGAAGGGUGCUCUGUGGAGUUCUGGGCCUGCACAAGUGGCAGUAUGAUGUGUGGAGCAAUGAUGUAACAUUGGCCAACAGCAUGGAGGCAGGUGGUGAGCCUGGGAGAGUCCACAUCACCCAAGCUACACUAGAUUUUCUUCAUGGAGAGUAUGAAGUUGAACUUGGUCAUGGGGCAGACAGGAACAUCUACUUGCGGGAACACAAUAUUAAAACAUACUUUAUUAUACCUCCUGCUCAGCGGAAAAAGCCUCUGCUGUUCAACACACUUCAGGUGUGCCACUUAGCAAGCUCAUCCCGUAGAAAGCUGUCCUUCAGAAAUGUAUCAAAUGUGGUAGUUCAGCUUCUCCACUCCAUCAAGUACAGCAUGGAUGUUCCUUUCUCCAAUAUAACUGCUAUGCCAUCAACUACUGAUAAACAAAGUUCAAAGAAGGCAAAAAUGACUGAUAAAAUCAGGAAACCAUUCAAAAAAAGGCAUUCUUCAGUUUAUCAUCAGCCAACAAAUCGGGUUAACAAGUACUUGGCCCAAGCCAUUGAGGCUAGAAGUAUAGAUAUGGAGAAAGCUACUCAUGUCAAUAUUGUAACACUUGGUUUCAAAUCAAAGCAGAAAGAAAAACAGUAUCAAGAAGAAAAAGACCAUGGGUUCACCACUAGCAUGGCUUGUACCCUAGUAAUUUUGUUGUGUGUGGGUUGUUUACAGGCUAUUAUAUUGCCUAGGACACUUCUUUUGGUGAUUCUGUUUGCAAUUGCUUUUCUCUGGAUAUCAGCUCUUUUUGUUUUAUUACUGGCUGCUCGAACAAAGUGUAUUUCCUGGGAUAUUAACCGAGCAUUUCUUUUCCGACUUGUUAUAACCAUUUUUACUGUAGUUUUGGUGUAUUCUGUUGCUCAAGUCAAUGUGUUUUCCUGUUUCAACAAACCCGUGUGUGUUUUAUCAACAACAAAUGUGACCCAAGCACCUUUGACAUCUGACCAUCGAUCAUGUCCACUACCACAGUAUAUAUACAUCAGCUGUUGUUUAACAUUCUUUCCUGUUGUUGUUUUUCUCCAACUUCCCAUCCUCCUCAAGGGAGCACUGUUGCUGCCAAUGGCUACAAUUUUUCUUCUAGUGAUAGAAGUGACUCAUACAUCAUUAUUUGAUUGUUAUGAUUUACAAACAGGAUCAGAUGUUCCUCUCCACAUCAUUGGAAUAGUAGCCAUUGUCCAUUUCUUGCUUGCAGUGCUGAUACAGGGGCGUCAAGUGGAAUGGACAGCUAGGUUAGACUUUCUUUGGAACACCCAGGCUUAUGAAGAGAAGUGUGAAAUGCAUAAACUACAGAACAGCAAUAGUCGUAUUUUAUUCAACCUGCUUCCAACUCAUGUUGCUACUCACUUCUUGGACAAUCAGUUUAGAAACAAUAUGGACUUGUAUCAUCAGUCAUACAGUAAAGUAGGAGUGAUGUUUGCUACUAUCCCAAAUUUUCAUGAAUUCUACAUAGAACUUAAUGCUAAUAAUCAAGGUGUAGAAUGCUUGAGACUUUUGAAUGAAAUAAUUGUGGACUUUGAUGAGCUUUUGGAUGAAGAUAGGUUUUGCAUGAUUGAUAAAAUUAAAACUAUAGGAAGUACUUAUAUGGCAGCAGUUGGACUGAUACCUGAAUACCGUAUUUCUGAAGAUAACCAUGUCACGGGAGCUCAGUGCUUGUCUACUUUAGUUGAUUUGGUCUUUGCUAUGAAAGAAAGACUGGCCAAUAUUAAUCAAAAUUCUUAUAACAAUUUCAUGCUACGAGUAGGUUUAAGUGUUGGACCAGUUGUAGCAGGUGUAAUUGGUGCAAGAAAACCACAGUAUGAUAUCUGGGGUAAUACUGUGAAUGUAGCCAGUCGUAUGGAUAGCACAGGACUCCCAAACCACACACAGGUUACAGAAGAGGUAUUUCAACUUUUGAAGAACUAUCCAUACAUCUUUCAGUGCCGAGGACAGGUUACUAUAAAGGGUAAAGGAGAAAUGACAACCUAUUUUCUGGUGGAUAAAAAGUCACAAGAGGAUGGAAACCCGAGUCAGCAAUCUCCAGGUUAUAAUGAGCUCACUAUGCCUGGUUCAAGUACUGGUAUUCCUGGGGGAGUACCGACACCUCUCAGUAUGGUUGCUCAAAGUCUCCGUCAGGCUGCAGAAAUAGUUGGUUCUAGAUCCAACAGUGUCUCAAAUACACCACAAAUAAGAAAAUCACAAGGUUAUCAACAGAUGAAACCUCAUGAUGUGAUUAUGUCUGAUAGUCCAAGACUUCCUGUUUUCAGGUUACUUCCUUGUGACACUCAGUUAUCCAGUGAACCUUCUGAGCUGAAUUUGCAUGAAUGUACGCCACCCUAUUCUCAACCCAAACCAAUCAUUGGUAAUACACCACCAAAAUCUUACUCACAAUCCCGACCUCGCCAACCUCGUUCUGAGUCUCGAGACACAACUCCUAGCUCCCAGAAACAAGCAUCAAUUAAAAGAGGUGACCCAUGGGAUAGCCUUCGACAGCUAGGAAACAGUGUACCUCCUCCUUCUUGCAGUAUACCAAAGUCAAUGAGUUGCAGAAGUGAAACUCCACCCAAAAGCUACUCUGAUUCAAAACCAUCAAAAUCCUCCAUUUCCCCUCAGGAGACAUUGGUAUUUCCUCCCCCACCUCCAAUUUCUCCAGAAGGUGAGCAAGAUUUGAUACAGAUGAAGGAUUCACCAAUGUUUAAUGCACAAUCUUUAAAUAUAAGUAUAUUCAAACAUAGUUCAGAUAGUCUUCUUGAUCAAGACCAGUCAUCUGUUCAGCCUUCUUCAGUGGAAACAUCAUCACUGAAUCGAUCAUCAUCAACAUCUAGUGAAAGUUUUACUCAGACAGGCUUUACAACAUCAGGUAUAGAGACACCAUCUCCAUCUCCUGCUUUCAGGCAUCUUGCUUCUUCUAAUAUGUUAUGGGUAUACCCUCUUCAGGGUUCUAUUGUUGAAAAUUCUCCCUGUCAAUCCAAAGAGAUUCCUAAACCAAGUAUUUUCUCCUCAAGAGAAAGUAUUCUCUCUAAAGAAGACAAAAACCUUCCUGAAGUUGGUCAAUCACCAUCACAUGAAUCUUUUAUGACAAAAAUACCGAAUGCUGAAAGGAAUGAUCAACUUGUUACACGCAAGUUGGAAGAUAAUACUGAUGAAGCAUUACUCAAAAUGCCAAAAAUUGGUAAUUAUUUUGCUAAAAUUCAAGGGAAAAGGAUGGAUGAGGCUCAUCUGAGAAGUUAUCCACCUAAGGGAUACAACACUUCACUUUUACAAAGUUUAUCAUCUGGAAGGUCAGUAUCUAGUGCUAACAUUGGACCAGCUGACCUUCCCCAGAGACAGAAUCUCACAAAAGAAGCUUCUAAAAACAAACAAAAUGGAAAUGAUUAUGAUAAAUCAGCUUUAUUUAAAACUUCUUCAAAACAAGACUCUGUAUCUACACAAACUGAUUUCCCAAGAAAACAUUUAGGACUGAAAUUUCCUUCAAAAGUGUGCUCUAGAACUUGGAAACAAGAAUUAAACUCUAGAUGUGAUGAAAGAAAGAAGCAGAACCACAAAGUUCAAACAACAAAACAAGAUGAUUCAAACGUCCAAGUACCAUCUUCUAUAGGUAUUUGGAAAAAGACACCAGAUAUAGUUGGCAUACCUCUUCAGGAACUCCAGAAGGUAAAUGAGGUUCUUGCAGAGUUUGGUGAGGCAAAUCUUCCUCAAGGACAAAAAAGGGGAGGAUCAGGAAAACAACUUUUAAAAGAUAAGCUUAAUUAUAACUCUAUAACCACAAGACAAGAAGUCAAAGAACCUGGAAAGCAACAAAGUAGUGAUAUUUCUUUGCAGGAAAGAAAAAAUCUUAUUGGUCUUCAUUUUAAUCCUGUUGAAAAGAAAAUGACCUUAAGCAUACCAUCUCCAUCUACCUGUUUGAAGCAAUUGAAGUCUCAGCAUGAAGAAAAUGACACUUUGAGAGGAAGGAAAAUUACACAAAACUUGAAUUUUAUGGCAUUAGAUUAUGAAGAAAAUAAGCUUCCCAGUCAUUAUUCUACUCAAAAGGAAGAUCUCAGUGAACCAGAGUAUGUAAAUAUUGACACUGUCACUCCAAUCAGCAGGGACAACAGACCACAGCAACAAUUUUCUAAGAAGCAGCAAGAUUUGGCAUCAGAAUCUGAAGAUAUUGAUUUGGAUUAUAGUGACAGGGAAGAAGAUUAUGAUGAUGACCGUUUAGCUGAACUUCCUCUGAUAGAUGAACAGGGGUAUUGUACAGAUGAUCCAGCCUUAGAAAAUAUCUCUGUCAUGAAUGAGCAGGGCCUUACAGAUGCAGAAGGUGCUCUUAGUGACCUAAAUUCAAUUUUCAAUGAUCCUGGACAUGAUGGAGAUACAGAUGACACUAGUGUGUCCUCACAAGCAAGUAGCCAUAUGCUUGACAGUGAUCAAGUAUUGAGUAUUGACUCAAUGAACGUCAUGUAUGACUCAGAAUAUGAUAACUAUCGUCCAGGCAUUACAAGUGAUGAUGAUAUUUUCCACCUUGACCCAACUAUCGAUGCUGACCCAGAUUAUUUUGAUGAUGCAAGUGUUGAAAAUAUACGCUCUCUAACCAGUACCAUAGCAAAAAACUUUGGACAGCCAUCUGUUAGUGAGAAUGAAGGCAGUGAAGAAAGCUGAUUACAUGCACUUAAUAACCAUGUUUCACUUGAAACAUAACUAAAAUGUUGUAAAGGUCACAUAAUUAAUUAUUUUCUUUCUAAAGAGAAAAAUGUGCAUAUUAUUUUAAUUGAUUAUAUUUUUAUUAAUGAUUUAUUUAAUGCUGCAUUUAGAUGAUUGCAGAGAUAGAUCAUGGACAACAUAUUCAUUAAAAACAACUUCAGUUUCUAAAAGAAAUUGUUUUACAAUAGUAGUAGUAGUGGAAUCAGCAGUGCAGCUAAAAGAGGUUUCCAAGUUGUGUCCAUUCAGCCCAUUCCAGAUUUAGUCUGUCUUUAUUUUUACAUGAAAUACUUUACCCUGUGAAAAAUCAGUAUUUGUUAUUUUUCACUACUCAAGAAGUAUUAUUAUUAUUUUCUGGUGUGAAUCUCAAAGAUGUAAUUCGUUUUUCUUAUAAGCCAUUACUGCUACUUCUGUUCUUUUGUGCUUCUAUACAGUUCAUCAAUACUAUUAACAGACAGGAUCAUAGGUUGACUUCAUGUGUUGGUGGAGUUAGCUGCAUCUUUAUAUCCUUUUGUAAUGUAACUAGAGAAAGUUUUAAAAAAGAUGUAUCACGACAUAAUAUGAGAAUUGAACCUUUGGAAUAUCUGAAGGCUUUAUAAGGAACACCAUGGAAUUUAUUCAGAACUCUUUUAUCAAGAUAAAUGAACAUGUGUAGAACUUAAGUUCAUGAAACUUACAUUAAUCCAGUUCUCUGUGGUUGUAAGAAGUUAAUUGAUAUAAAAAUGCGAAUUUGAUAUUACACCUAUAUUAUGAGUGGAGAUCCACACUGCCAUGUGAUAAUGUACUUUUAGCAUUUAUCCAUCACUGGUGCUAUAUUACCAGGUAAGGCUUCCUUAACAGUUACAUGGUCUUAAAGACCUUGUAGAUGUCUAUUAUAGAAUUCGGAAUGUAAGUGCAGGCUUGACAUUUUUGUGUAAAUUCUGAUUAUGUAUUCUGAUAUGAAUAAAUUUUCUAUAUAAAGAGGAUGCAUAGAGCACUGUAUCAACAGUAUUUUACAUAUUUGACAUUCUGUAAAAUAAGAAGGCAGAAAUAAUCACUUUCUCAUAUGAAAAAGGAAAAAUUUUGGAUUAUUAUGAAUAGCAGAAAUGUUCAACAAAAUUAAGAUUGCAUUACAGUUAACUGCAGUUUGAAGUAGGAGGAAUGACUAAUAUUUUGGCUAGACAAUAAAAAGCACUUCAUGAUAAAUAUGAAGAAUUCGAUGAUAAGGAACCCACUUUGAGACUAAUAAUGGCUGGAGACGGCUUGAAUGGGUAAUGAAGAAAAACUUUAACAUAAAUUUAACAU